GUUUGAAAACGUCUCAACAUGGAAUGUUGUGACAGCUAUACUUCCUCGUCAUAGUUUGAUGGAGACUAGUUGUGUGCUUGUCGGUGAGACAGUCAUGAAGGACGGUACCGGAGCAGGAGAACAGGCGGAGGUUUCCCGUCAGGAGGUUUAUGAGGAUUAUGUGAACUAUUACCUUCAGCUGUGUACAGAAGUUCGGCCGUGCCGUGAUGCCCAGCUGCUGAAGAAGGCGGCUCUGUAUCUGCUUCAGGAACCAGAAGCUACAGGGACUUUCACCGUGUUUCCAUUCUACCACACUGUGAUGGAAGGCACUGAAGCCCUGAGCACAGACUACAGGAAACACCUGUCAGCUUUUAUCAAAGCCACCGAGCUGCUGGAAACUCUUUGUAUCAAUCUGUUCCUCCAACCCUGGAAGAAGGAAAUCAAGACACUUAAGUGUUUUACAGGUCCAUUUGUCUACUGUCUCCUGCCAGUUCUCAGUAGCUCUACCAUCCAGUCAGUCUUGGGCUCUAUUGGCUACCUGCCACAUACUGAUACUCCACAAAGUUCUGCUGUAUUUUUCAGUGAGUACAAACUCAGCGUGGAUGCUAACCCAGACAGAGCCAUGCUGCUGGGUUUUGAGCUACUGCUGGCCAGGGUGGAGUGUCUCCACCUCCUGGAGCUCCUGGAGAAGGAUCAGUUGGGACCACACGAGUGGCUGGAAGUUCUCCAGAGGAGAGCAGGGCCUAUGAAGACAGAAGAACACACAGAAAAGAAGACAAUAGUGCAAAUGGAAGAUGAGAAGAAGAAGAAGGAAGAGGCAAAUACAAAUGAGGUACCUCUGUCUUUGGAUACCAGGUCUGCAGUGAACUCCCAGCCCAAGUCUCGAUGCUGCCACCUUUCCAGUGUAGACCAGUCCAUCAUGGAGAUGCAGAUGACCUAUGAUGACCUGGCCAUCAGGGGCCGCCCUCUGCUACAGGACAAACUUCACAGAGCAAACAGCAGCAAGAGCAGCAGUAAAUUUGUUCAUACUGCCAGCACCAAUAACAACAGUGAUGACAGUAAAGCUGUUCAACCUCCUGAAAGAGGCUGCAUUCGAAGUACCAAAGCUGCUGGUACAACUAUAAGUAGUAAAAUUAAUGGCAGCAAAGUUUGUGAAAUGAUUGGCAACAAUAGCAAAAGCAGUGGCUGCAAUGAUGGGAACAGUGGUGGGACCACCACUCCAGGAAGCAAAAUUAGCAGCAGCUUCAAGAACAGUGAUGGAAGCAGAGUUGACGAUGAACUCAGUGGUCCUCAUGACACCUCCCUGCACAUCACACUGAGAGCUGGGUCUGAUGCAGAGCAGAGCCUGAAGCCUGGAGAGCCUCAGGCAAUAGCAGAGCAUCCUGCCUGGACACAGCAACAGGCUGCAGCAGACUUACAAACUAAGAGACCGACCAAACCAGAGCAUCCCUCCCUGACCUCCAUGGACGAGGAGCAGGAGCUCAGAGAGCUGGCAGAGAGGAUGGGCCAGCUCCAUGCCCAGGAGACCAAAGAGGAGGUGAAGAAAAAAGAUGACUACAAGAGAGGAGGGGAAAACACAAAUAAAGAGAGGAGAAAGAAAGGGAGAAAGGCAAGCAUAGAGGGAGAAGCAGAGGAGCAGAACCUCAGGAAGCCAGUGAUGGAGACAAGUCCAGCACAGAGCCAUGCUGCCAGUAGAUGCACCAGAUCCUCUCACUCUGAUCCCACAGUAAUGAAAGAGCAGAAGCAGCCCAGUCUGUGUUACCCAUCACCAGUGACCGUCAGUACAGCAGACUGUCAGUCUGGAGGAGGAGGCAGCACAAGUAAUCAGGAAGGAGAAGUAAGGGAAACACAUACUGACAGAGCAGCAACAGGCCGAGGAGAGGAAGAGCAGCUGGCACAGAGCUAUGUUAUAGUUGAGCAUCACAUGAAAUAGCGUGAUCUCAAGGGUAAUUGACACAUAUGGCAGUUAUUAAUAACAAAACUACUGAGCAAGCUCAAAACCAAUACAAGCUGUAAGCCGUGAUUCAACAGUACACAAGGACAGAUUUAUAAAAGCAGAAUGAGAUUUUAUUGCAGAAUCCCAUGUUGUUACAUAUCAUAUUUUCUCUCACCUUAUUUACUGUCACCUCGCUACAGUGCUCUCAAAUAAAGACUAAAAUGUCGGGAAAAAAUAUUUGAAAAAAAGAAAUUCCCCAUAUCUCCAACACAACAUUACAACUAGGAGGCUGAUGUGAACAUUUUUCCCACAUGCCUGUUCCUAUAUGAUGUGGACAGGGCAUUCAGCUAAUUUCUUUUUCACUGUUAAAGGCCCAAUCUUAAUUCUACCAUAUACAUGAUACCUAUUUACAUAUAUUAUUGAAUAGUUGGAGAUAAAAAAACAGCAUUUUGUGUGUCUCCCAACUGACCAUAAUUGAGGCUUGUUUACUCCAGUACACACAUUUGUUUAGAGUUAAAAGACAUGCCAAUUAAUUGGCAUGAAUGAUUGCAGAUUCCACCCUUGUAAUUUAAAAUUUGAUGAUAGGGCAACCCUUUUGUUUUAAUUUGAAUCGCAGAUUAUACCUUGACAGUCUUCAUUCACAAAACUUUAAAGGAGAUUGUAAGAAAUCUUAUGUUACUGAAAGGUGCUGUGUGAAGUUUUCUUGUAAACCAACAAAAGUUAUGUUUAUUUUCAGUGUUACUUAUUAAAAUGCAUUGUGUUUAACCUUGAGGUUCAACAAACAUGUUGAAUGUAUUUCAUCCCUCAAAAGACAUUGGCAAAGCUGGUUUUUGCAACAUUUUGUCACCUGCAUCGGGUACAUGCCAAUUCCCUUAUUUGAUCCUUCUACCUGUCCAGUCAGUCAUCAUGAAGGCCAAGGAUCAAGGAGUAAGCAGGAUCCCUAAGACUUGAGUGAGGAUACACAAGACUAGCCUUCACUGUCUUUUAUCAGUUUGACAGACCCCAUGAUUGGAUGCUGCAACUGACCAGACUGUUCUGACACCGCAUCAAAUCAUUGCUUUUUAUACCAGAGUGGACAGACAAAUAACAUGUUGAACUCAAGUGUGCUAGUCCCAGAUUUUAUAUUUUAUUUGUUUUCUGAUUAUCUGGUUAUCUGGUUAUUCUGUGGUAAUGUAUGGUCUGCUUAAUGUAAUAAAUGUUUUGUUAAGGGUA